AUUCGUAUUUGUGCUCUCGACGCUGUCGGAACGUUUUAAAAAUAAACGCGGAACGUACCAAAUUAGCCGACUACAAAUAAAACUAUAGCUAAGCUCUAAAAAUUUAAAUCGACAACUGCACGCAUUUCGGUUUAAUAACACAACACUUUACUUAAAUUCUAAUCACCAAAUACAGUAAAAACACAAUCUACAACAUGUUCAGCUCGUUUACAGACGCUUCGAAAUCAUCUCUGAAGAACUUUGGCGACAAGACCGCCAAUCUGUUCAGCAAGAAGAAGGAUGAGGCUGAGAAGUUGGCCAACGACAAAGCCGUCGAGGCACAGAAGCUAGCCGAGGAGCAGGCCAAGAAGGUCGGACAGUCCGUGCAGCAGACGAAGAGCGAAGCUGAGCAGCUGGCCACAAGCACUGCCAAGGAUGCCGCUGCACUGGCUGCUGCCGAGGCACAGAAGGCUGGUCAGGCCAUCGAUCAGGGAGUGAAUCGUGCCGCCGGCGCCGUUAACCAGGGCAAACAGGCUGUGGAUAACACCGUGCAACAGGCUGCUGCCGUCGCUCAGAACUCUAAGCAAGUGGCCGCCAACAUCGCGGAGUCAUCACAACGUGCUGCCGCCAAUGCUGUCGAUCAGACCAAAAAGGCUGCCAAUGAGGCGAUCAACAAGAGUGUCAAGGCUGCCGAAUCUGUCGCAGACCAGAAGCUCAAGGAGGCCGAGGGUGCCAUCGAUGGUGCCAUGAAGCAGACCAGCCAGGCGGUUGACCAGAAGCUGCAGGAGGCCAACCAAUACGUUGACCAGAAGCGCGAGGGACUCGAGAAGAACAUCCAGGAUGCUGCUAGCCAAGCACAGGAAAGCGCCGGCGCACAGGCCACCCAGCUGUUGGGUAAAUUGCAUCUUGGCCAGAAGUAGAUUCCCAUAAAUCCAUCCCUUAAAUUCCCCCUUUCCCCCAAGAAUAAUAAUAAUACCCUACCUAAAUAAUUUCAUCUGUGUGUAACGAACAAAACAAGAGAGAUGCUUUAAACAAACAAAAAGAAUAAAGAAGGAAAAAUUGCUUCAACGUAACAAGUGCCAGUAAUGUGAUUGCUAAAUAAUAGUUCAUAAAUGUAUUUUUGGAUUAUAUUUUUUGAAUAUUUGUUUUCAAUUUGUCCAUUUUCCUCAACAUGCAGCGCAGCUUUUGAUAUUGAAAA